AAAGUCAGUCUAUUGCGCAGAGCGAUUCCACGGUGCGCGCGCUUGCCGAAAACGGUCUCUCAUCUCUCUCUCCUUUGCAAAAUUUUUGCUCCAUGUGACCCCGCACAAGAGAGCCUGACGGACUACGAAUUUUCCGAGCAAUACAUCCCCUUGUGCGAAAGUGUUUCGGUGCGAUUAAAGGAUAUUUUUCGAAAGUAGGGGUUACAGUGAAAACGACGACAAAAAAAAAAGAAAAUCCUCAAACACUCAAUAGAGAAAGGGGUUACCCUAGUAAUGAGCCUUGUGAGAAAUUUAUCCUUUCAAAGUUGAAACUUUUCUCACACGACGCUACCACAGUCUAAGCUACCCUAUUGCUCCUACCAAAGUUUUCCAGAGCCGCGUGUAUGUGUGCCAGAGUGUUUGUGUAGGUGCAAAGUGGAAAAUUCGUGGAAAAUGUACUCGCAUAGAUUGGGGCGAGACAGUUUGUGACAUAAAUGCUAUAUAUGUUGUGAAAAUAUUGUGGAAAAAUCAGGCAUACUACGUAAAAGGAUAUAGGACAUUAAAGCACAUCUAAAAUAGACACCUUCGCGACCAACAAAAGUGUCGCGGUUCAUGCAUUCAUUUGUAGUGCGUACGGAUAUUUUCGCAAUCUUAGUUUCUGACAUUGCUGCAUUUUUGACACAAGUCCGUUUUUUGACACAAGUCUAUUUUUUAACGUAACUUCAAUUUUUUAACGUAUAUCGUUUCCGUUCGCCGUGUAUUUGAUAUUGUGACGAAUUACGCUAAUUUUAUAUUCAAACCACCCAUUUUCCUGGAUGUGAUGAUGUGCCUUUAUGUAAAAAAAAAAUAUCAAGUAGAAAAUCUUUCAAAUAAUAUUAUUGAAAUAAAUUAAAAGAAAAUAGAACAGCUCGCGAAAACUCUUGUAUUUCUCAUAUCAAGAACUUCUAUGCCACAUUAUUCACCCAUCUUAUGUGCUUAAUUAUCAACGGAAUUGAAGGAAAAGAAUUAAAUAAAGAACCAUCCCCUUCUUAGACAUGAUCAGUGAGACGUCUUAAUUGGUGUGUGCUAUGAGAACCGUCCACGCAUGAGGAUACCAGCAAUCAUCGUAUUUUCUUGCGUAUCACCUGGAAAGUUGAAGGAAAAUCCGAUGAACAAGACUGUCUGUGUACUAAUGCAGUGCUAGUGUGCUUAACACCACACAACAACAACAAAAUAAAAGGUUUAAAGUUCCUCAACCUUAAUCCCAACGACAUAUCAACUGUGAUAAAGAAAAGAAAAUUCUUUUGUGUUUUUUUUGGGGCACAGAGUCCCAAUAGAAGUGAAAAAGUCUGUGCAAAAUAAAAUUGAGACAGGUGAAGGGAAAAUUUUUUCACCUCCCAGCCUUAUAUACGAUGGUAAGGCGAAAGGUGCAAUUGUGAGCAAGUUUUGCCUCCCCCUCGUGCCCCCAAGGGUGCCCCCAUCGAGACAAUCUUAUGGUGAUUUUGGGUUUUGCAAAGUGAAUCUCGGCACCGGUCCGACGUUCAGGCGCGCGAAGAGCGAGUUGGAAAAGAGGAACAUACGCACGUGACGGUUAUUUUAAAUGACUUUCCGCUGUGUACCAUCGUACGAUGCCAGCGCUCAAUGGGAGCGAUUGACAAGUCACAGCGGCAUCGGGCUGUCGAGUGCGAGUCCUGCCUAUACGGGUCACACGGGCCACUCAGGUCGCGCCGGGGGUCCCGGUGGGGGUCACACAGGUAGCCACGGUGGCUCACACGGACCCACACCGUCAAUGCACACCCACCAGGCACUGCAGUCUGACUUCCAGCCACCCUACUUCCCGCCGCCCUUCCACCAUGCGGCCCAGAGUCCGCCGCAGCAGCAAAAUCACGGGCCAUUGGAGUACCUGAGUGCCGACCCGUACGGGCAGCCCCUCUCAUCACUCCAUCAUGCCCCACUGCAUCACUACAAUCAACUAGCUGGCCUACGACCGUCGCAGGAUCAGCUCGGUAUCCACCGAACACACCGCGAAUCUGAUCUCCAAGGACAUGUGACGCAACUUUCACAUGGGUUUCCAUACUCUGACCGCCGAGGAGACUAUAGUGGAGCCUUGACGGGUUCAGGUGGUCCUGGUACGCGACUGGGGCACGAACAUGACCCACUGGCGCUCCAUCAAGCCCUCCAGAGUGCCGUGGAUGAUGGCCAGAAUGCUGGAAUUGACGAGAAUGCUGGCUUCAUGUCGGAUCUGCCGCUUCUCAAAAACAUGAAGAGCGGCAAGGAGACCAAUGCAAUGGGCAUCGGGUCACCCAGUGAUGUUUUCUGUUCCGUACCUGGAAGAUUGAGUCUUCUAUCCAGCACAUCCAAGUAUAAAGUCACCGUGGCUGAGGUCCAGCGAAGGCUUUCACCCCCAGAAUGUCUCAAUGCAUCACUCCUUGGAGGUGUUCUUCGGAGAGCAAAGAGUAAGAACGGUGGACGACUACUGCGGGAAAAGCUGGAGAAGAUUGGGCUAAAUCUACCAGCUGGACGACGGAAAGCCGCCAAUGUGACCCUCCUGACGUCCCUCGUGGAAGGUGAAGCCAUACACCUGGCCAGGGAUUUUGGAUAUGUCUGUGAGACAGAAUUUCCCGCCAGGCAAGUGGCUGAGUACCUCCUGCGACAGCAUACAGAACCUCAGGAAUCCUACCGGCGGAAGGAGUUACUCCUCAACACCAAGCAAGUAACUAAAGAACUGAUGGAUUUGCUGAAUCAAGAUCGAUCCCCACUGUGCAACACAAGGCCACAGCAUAUCCUUGAUCCAUCAAUUCAGAGACAUCUCACGCAUUUCUCACUCAUUUCCCAUGGAUUUGGGUCACCAGCCAUUGUGGCCGCUCUAACGGCCAUCCAAAACUUUUUAAAUGAAUCCCUGAAGUAUAUGGACAAAAUGUACCCCACAAAUGGCGGUAUGGUUUCCUCGUCGAUAGAUAAAGGUCCCAAAAUGGAGAAUGACAAAAAGUGAUGUUACUUCCUAGGCUAUGUACUUAUGUAAAGGACACAACAUCCUGUUCGCACAUUGAGAGCAAACAACAAAUUUAUCCACAGAUUUAUUCUUCCGUUUUACUAGAUAAUUUUCUUCCAUUUAAAAUAAAAACGUUUUCCACAAAAAAAAA